CAUGUAGAAGGGCACCACGAGGUACUACAACUAGUCCUCCUCCCAAGAGACGAGGAACGCUGUCGCCGAUAAGAACAUCGAUUCCUGGAACAUCGAGACCUGGACGAGAGGAUACGCCAGAGGAACAAGUGGAGGAACAAUCAGAAUCACAGCAAGUUGUCGAGCAAGUUGUCGAGAAAAUACAAGGACAACAGCAA